UUUUUAUUUAGUUGGAGCUGUCAUUCCACCUCAAAUCCAAUAUUAAAAAAAAUUUUUUUUUUAUUUUAAACUAAAUACAUAACAUAAAAAAAGUUAUUAAAUCUUGGAAAUAUGGUUGUUACUCUAAAAACAACACUUCCAUCGGAUGAGGAGUUGACAGUGCCGGAAGUUAAUUUAUCUAGUUCAGCCCUACGAGCUGGUGCAUUUCAUUUAGGAAAAGCUUGCGAAUUUCAAAAUAAUGAGUUUAUGUUAUGUCGACAAGAACUAAACGAUCCCCGAAAGUGUAUUGAAGAAGGUAAGGCUGUUACAAACUGUGCUUUAAAUUUCUUCAGACAGGUAAAGGCCAGUUGUGCUGAAGAAUUUAUGCAAUAUGCAAACUGUAUAGAUAAAAGUAGUGGAAAGCAGCAAUUUUCGCUAUGCCGUACUACACAGGGUGUUUUUGAUAAAUGUAUGAAAGAUAAAAUGGGGCUAGACCGAGAAGAUUAUGGAUAUUUCUGCCGAGCAAGGAUUCAUCAUUCUAAUCGUCCAGCACCUCCACCAAAAGAAAAGGUCGUAUAUGGGGAUGCUACACCUAAACUACCAGAUGACUUUGAAAGAAAACCAGCCAAAUAUGGUUCUCGAUUCCAUUGGCUAGAAUAAAUGAAUAUUAUUUCAAAUUUUCUAUUAAAUAUUAAAACAAUAUUUAAAAUGUUUCACAUUAAAAAAAUAUCGUAGUAAAAUUUUAUUUGAAAUUAAAAAAAUACAAAAUGUUUAGUCAAUAGUA